UUCGCAUUUCACUAAUGCGUGGCAUCCAAGUAUCGAUUCGCAAGCAUUUGUUAAAAGCCCAAGAACGAAUCUCACAUUCCUCAGAGAUUGAGGUGUUCCGACAAGUGAGUGGAGUCGAAAAGGAAAUUUGAUCUGUGACGAUAGCAUCGAACACAUCUUGUUGAGAAGAGAGAAUCAGAUUCUGGUGUACGAGUAGCCAUGGAGACAGUCCCUGUGAAUGUGAGGAACGCUCUUGCAGUGGUGGUAGCGUCCGUGAUUGUUUACAGCGUGAUCAAGUUUCUCAGGGUUUCCGUAUGGCAGCCACUGCGAUUGCGUCGCAUCAUGGCUAAGCAGGGCGUGAGCGGGCCCCCGUUUAGGUUUGUUCGUGGGCAGUUCGUGGAGAUGUGGAAGUUUACAGAGUCGUUCCCUGACGCUUUGCCGAUCGACGAUUUCGCGAAUCUGACACCCACUGUCACGCCUCAGAACGCCUUGUACUAUCCAAAAUACGGAAAAAUUUAUCUAUACUGGUGGGGAACAAUAACCCGAUUGGCUGUGCGGGACCCGAAGAUUGUGAAGGAAUUGAUGGUCUCAAAUCACGAGUCAUUGACUAGAUUGCAGAGUGAGAGCCAGUUUCUCGCAGAAGUGGUGGGCAAAGGAUUGCUAACUCAGGUCGGAGAGAAAUGGGCCAGUGAAAGACGCACACUCGGGCCCUUUUUCCAUCAAAAAUCGCUCGAGGGCAUGGUGGGGGCCAUCAUGGAAGGAGCAGCUACAGAAUUGCAGAAGUGGGAGCAGGAGGUAGAGGAACGAGGUGGCACGGCGGAACUUGACGUGGAGCCAGACCUUCACAAGAUUUCUGGAAGAAUUAUCUCCCGCACGGCUUUUGGUGACGAGUUUGAAAUAGGAGAGCAGAUCUUCAAGUUUCAGACGCUACUUUCGCAGGAACUUUUAAAGGGAUUUCGCAGUACAGCAUAUUGGCUUGUUCCUGGUUACAGAAAUCUUCCUACAAAGAGAAACAGAUCGAUGAACCUUUAUGGUUCCCAGGUUGAUGCCCUUGUUCGUGGAAUUAUUAACGCCCGACGAGAAGCUGUUCAAAAGGGGGUAACAAGCUCUUACGGGGAUGAUCUUCUGGGGCGGAUGCUCACGGCUGCAACUGAGGGAUGGAGCGCCAACACGAAAGAGUUCAACCAGUUGGCUGUGUUUAACAACUGCAAGCUUUUCUACUUUGCUGGUCAAGACACGGUUGCGAACGCAAUUGGCUUCAUGAUACUAAUGCUAGCAUUGUAUCCGGAAUGGCAAGAUCGUUGUCGCCAGGAGGUGACGGAGAUCCUUGGCGAUGAGCAAGAUUGGCGUGCUAGUGAUAUUUCUCGCCUCAAAGUGGUGGGAAUGGUGUUCAACGAAACCUUGCGAAUCUUUCCACCUGCUUCUACACUUACGAGAGUGGCCGCCAAGGAUUUGCAGUUAGAAGGUCUGUUUAUACCUAAGGGCAUGGCUAUCGAGUUUUCCUUGGCGGCAAUGCACCAAGACAAAGACUAUUGGGGCGACGAUGUUGGAAAGUUCAACCCUGAAAGAUUUGUAAAUGGUGCGGCGAGCGCGUGUACUCAUCCACAAGCGUUUUCCCCUUUCGGACUAGGUCCAAAGUUUUGCAUCGGGAACAACUUUGCAGUGAUGGAAGCAAAGAUCGUCUUGGCCAUGAUGCUUCGACGGUUUCAGCUCGUGCUUUCUCCGAAUUACAAGCAUCACCCGACCUCCAUCAUGGUACAAAGCCCCAAGUUCGGCUUGCCAAUCAUCCUCAAGGCUCUGAAAAUCACCUGAAGACUAGAUCUCAUGGUUCCUGGGGGAGUGUAGAGAUGAUAAUUGUCUUUUUCUAAUUAGCUGGAGAUUAGCUUCGGAAGGUAAUUCGCAAGGGCCAUUAAGAAGGGCCACUGAAAUGUGCGACGAUUGCUAAACUGGAGCUUGGAAGUGAGAAACUUGGCUCUGGAAUCACGAACAUGCAGAUCAUGCCUUCGCUCCGUUUUUGCCAGCACUGUAAUGCAACCCUCUACGGUGGAUCCAGAUGAUGAGAUGUAGUCUCGUUCUCUGCAUUACCACCCAGUCCAUUAGCAGGCAUGGUUGGGUGUCUCUAGAAGGCAUAGUGAAUACUCCAUUUCUGUGUCCUUCUAGCUUACAAUCCUAUAUAUAUAUAUAUAUAUAUAUAUAGAAGUAUGUAUAAAUGUACUUUCAUUGUAACUAUUUCUCUCUGUUCCUGUAAUA